AUGGGCACGACGGUCGUAAAGUGCCCGGUGAAAGCGGCUAACGUGUUAGCAAAGGAGGACAAGGUAGCGCUAGGGUGGACGCGAGCCAAAGCAGAAGUGCUCACGAAGCGUCCGCUCCAGUGCUAUCGAUGCCUGGAGUUGGGACACACAAGGGCUGUGUGUCGCAACGAGGCGGACCGUACCGGUGCUUGCUACCGGUGCGGAGGACAAGGGCACGUGGCGCGCGGGUGCGAGGCACCCGUGCACUGCCCAGUGUGCGCAAGUAAGGGCAGGCCGGCCGACCAUAAGGUGGGUGGCAAGGUUUGUCCCGGGGGAGGACGGAAAAGCGCGCCCCCGAGGGAAAGAGGAGGACAACUGGCUCCCAAAACACAGGGAGCCGGUGCCAAAGAAGGAGGGAAGAAGAAAGGAGCGAAGCCGAGAGUAGCCUCGAUUGAACGGGUUACCGGCUACGAAAGUAAGGGGAACGUACUAAAGGUGACGGUCCCCAAAGGACAGAAAAAGAUGGGGAAACCCAUCGCCGCCAAGGAAAAGGCAAAGGAGGACAAGGUGGGAAAGAUGGGGCCCACAGAGCGUCCAGAAAGAAUGGACGUAACAGAGGAGGAUGCCCACGUAACAGAUACGGAGGCAGGGCAAGAGGGGCCUGAGGCGGGCUAUAUGUAG